AUGAAAAGUCUCAUAAGUUUUAUAGCUCUUAUUGGACUCGCUACUUGUGUUUCAAUUGGGGUUAAAGAUUCGACACUUGAUCCUGGCAGAAUUAUGUGGCCAAAAGAGACAUGGGUCAACAGCCCAAUUCAAAUAUCUCAAACUAACGCAGGAUCAGCUGUUACAAUUACAUUCAACUUCAGAACCAGCACUGCUCUUACUAACGGUGUUCUUGAAGUAGAUCUCCCAAGUGGUCUAACUGGAGGUCCUCUAUACAUUCCAGGAAGCUUUGGUCAAAAUCAAGACAAGACUCUCAGCCACUCAACUACUAUUACUUUGCCUUCAUCUGCAGGCGUUUAUGGACCUUUUGCUCUUAUUACUAGAUCAUCACAAAACGGACAAAUUUACGAUGCAAACUACGUUUUCGGUUGUAUCGCUACUACAAGUUCCGUUUCAGCUUCAACAACACUUUCUGUGACUAACGCCGCAACUUCUCCUGUAGUUGGAUCAGCUGAUGUGCUCUCUUUUGCUUUCAGCUUGUCUCAAAGUCUUUGGAAAUAUGAUAUCAUUGAAAUUGUUCCUCCAACAGCAUAUACACCAACUUCAUCAGUUACUUGUGCAUCUGUUACAUUAACAGGAGUGAGUAAUAUUCUUUACGGUCCUCAAGGAGACAACAAUCUACCUUGUGCCAUAGCUACCUCAAGCAGCGCUUCAGCUGGCCCUCAAUCAACUACAACAGUGAAUGUUGCAAAUAGUGUUUACAUUUAUGGCCUCGCCCAAGACGUUUACUUAAGUUCAAGCUCUUUAUCAGUUAAGCUCAGCGUUACCUCUUUCAAUUAUCCAGGAUAUAAACAGCCAUCAUCCUCUAACACUUGGAAAGUCAACAUUUGGAGAUGGGGAACCACAAACAUGAUUGCCCAAUACUCUGCAUCAACUGGUCCUACUACACCUACUGAAGGAACUGUUACUGCUACAUGGGCUCCUAUUAGUGGAAUUUCAGCAAACGAUGUUGUAUCAGGAAUGACUAUUUUCACAAAGGUAAGCUUUACAACUACUCACGAUAUACCUGCAGGUGGAAACGCUGUCAUCGCUUUCGCAAAUGUUGAUAUCCAAACUCCAAAAUGGUGGUCCGAUCUUGAUGGCACAAAUUCUCAAGCUGGCCAAUGCUACUUGACAGUACCAAUAUCUGAAGCCUCUUGCACAGUUAACAGCGCCACUCAAGUAACAAUUUCUUUUACAAAUGCUCAAAAAGCUGGAUCAGUUAGCAUAGCUCUAUUGGUGACUUUUAGCGCAAGCCCUAAAGUUUCAUCAAUUACAACUAGCAAUGGAUCUUACAAUAUUGACUAUUCUACAAAUUUAGCAUCAUGGACACUCAGCAGCACCAAUACUGCUUUUUCACUUUUCAGAUUCCACGGAUAUCAAGACUGUACAGCAGCUACAAACUAUCCUGCUAGUGCAGCUUAUACUGCUAACCACAUUUAUGGAGCAGAUACAUCCCUUGACUUAUUUUGGAUCUUUACUCAUAGUGUUACAUGGACUACAUCUACUUCCAUAGUAAUCAACCUCCAACAGUCUACCACUCAGGUGUACAAUCUACCAUACAUUGGAUCUAGCCCUGGAAAAUAUGAAAAAGAUACAACACUUGGAAGCGCAACACAAUUAGCUGCCUUAGGAACAAAUACUUUUACUAUAUCAGGAAACCAAAUAACUGUAGCCUUCCCUAGUACUGCUCCUUCCAGUACCUACUAUAUAAUGUCUCUCACAGGAACUACGACAGCUUUACCAUACGUGGCUUCUAAUUUAGGUACUUUUUACGAAAGUUAUGCUAAAGCAACAACAAGCACUUCAAUUGAAAUUGGAAGCUCAGUCUAUUCAGUGCUUGCUAAAGAUUAUGCAGGAACUGAUAUAUAUGCAACACCUUUAUGCUUAAAUAAUAAGGGUUCUGGCAUUCCUAUUGUGGUAGCUUUUAAGGCUGAGCUUAUGACUAUUGAUUUUACUUCUUCAACAAACACUUUUGUUCUUGAAAUUGCAUUUACAAGUGGAGCCAGCCUUGGUACGAGCUUAGCUGCUGGUAGCGCUCUUCCAUAUUACUCCUCAACUAGCGGCUUGACUGUUACUUUAUCACAAACAACAUCCCCAGCAACCCUCAAGAUUACAGGUUUAGGAAGUGUCACAACAUCAGCAAGUGCAAUAACUCUAUUUUUAGCAACAGGAAACUAUCCUGUUACGGCAUUUUCUAGUGUAGCUACUGUUUAUUAUACCACUAGUUCAGACUCAACCCUUAAAAAUGUUUUAUACAAGAGCACCGUCACGAAGACUCUUACUAACACUCAAACUGCAUUGAGCGCUGGAUCAUCUGCAAGCACAUGGUCAAUUUCAAGUUCUGGCAGCUUAUCAAUUACAGGAGCAAAGUCUGCAGCCGAUACAACCCAGGGUGAAUAUAUUGGUAUUGGACUUCCUAAAGGGUUCACUGCAUCUUCACCUACUGUCACUGUUGCAAGCAUUGCAGCUACUUCAAAUAUAUAUGUUUCUAGUAGUUCUGAUUCGAUGUCAGGUGGGUUUGUGAUGGGCAUUAACAGUGCAAGCACUGCUUUUGUUCUCGAUGAUACUACAGCUGAAGCAAUAACUAUAACUGGGCUAAGCGCACCAGGAUUUUCUGGGUCGAGUGCUGCAUCAACAAAUAGUGUCACAUUCAAUUUCUUUGUAUCCUCUGCCACUCCUGGGUCAGCGUGCACUGUGAAUGAUAUUACAUCAAUCACUGGUACAGUUAGCACAGGUGCAAUCUCAAGCUCAGCUACCACUUGCUCUUCAUCUUCCACAACUGCAUCAGGCCCAGACUCUGUAGAUUCCACAAUGACUAUUGGAGUAACAACAGUUCAUAACAUUCCUAAAGGUGGAACAAUUACACUUACUUUGAGCUCUUCAUGGACCUACUAUGGGUCCUCUUGCACUGUUUCAGGGCUUAGUGAUUAUGACUCAAAUACCAAAGUCAGCUGUCUUGUUGGGUCAAAUUCAGUUACAAUUACCCAAUUUGCUGCCUUUACUGCAGGAACAAUCACAGUCACAAUUCCUCAUGUACUUACACCAUCCUCAGCUAGCACUGUUCAAUGUGUCACUGGAGUUACCACACAAGAUGCAGCAUCAAAUUAUAUUGACUAUGGAGCAAGUCUAACUCAAAAUGUAGUUAUUAGCGACGCUGUUACAUCUGGGACUUCAUCUGGAAUUACUGCUACUGCAUUUCCAAAUUUUGCUGGAGCUGUAGGAGCAGAUAUUUAUCUUUCAUUUUCAUUAACUAAAGCUCUUCCAGCUGGCAGCCUUAUUGAUAUUUCUGCUGGAUUUGCUUCAUGGUCUCGUUCAUCUGGAUCUAUCAAAGACUAUUGCUGGGCAAAUAUUGACUAUACAUCUUGCUCAAUAACAAGCUCAAAAGUGGAACUAGCUAUUACAAAUAGUCUUCCAGCUUCUACCACAGUUCAAAUUUAUCUUGAUGCCGCUUUAACUUUACCUUCAACAGCAGGAGCAACAACAUCAGGCUGGCAAAUCACAACAUCUUGGAAUAGCGUAACAAUUACAACUGAUUCUACAGGAACUCCAUUCACUGUUGGGGCUGCAGUCAGCACAGCUAUUACUAUUACAUCUAUUAAAAUCAGUGACAUUACCAAUGCUGGUGAAGCUGGCACUUAUGUAUUUUCAUUCUCCAGCGCCGCAGCUAUUGCAAGCGGAGACUACUUUGUAGUACAAUUCCCAAGAGGAUUUGACGCUUAUAUCGGAGAUGCCACAAACACUUACUCUGAUUGUUUACCAAGCACUUGGUACUUAGGUUGCAGCUCAACUGCUCUUGGCAGCGUUUCAUGCACUGCAGACCAUUGGUAUCUUCUUGUCAGCGGUCUUUCAAAGACAGCAACUGCUUCAUCUUCCAUCGACCUUACUGUCCAAGGUGUAAGAAACCCAACAGCAGGCUCAACAGGUUAUUUCAACAUCUAUCACUAUAAAUCAGAUGGAACUGUAAAAGCUUUCAUAACAUCAACCACUAGUGUUACUACAACUGCAGUUUCUCCAAGCUCAAUCACCUUGAAAGAUGUUAUGACAGACUCCACUCAGCUUUCCGCCUCAGCCAAGUAUACCUUUGACUUCUACGUUCCUUCAGGCACCUAUACAAACGAUAACAAGAUUGUAAUUACCUUCCCAGAACAGUUCAAUCUUCAAUUAUACAUUGGAAGCAGCGCAUCAGCAUCUUGCAGUACUUCUUACUAUGAUGAGUCUAACGGUACAGGAACUGACCACACUAAAGCUUUAUCAUGGAUUUCAGUAACAUCUUGUGCAGUCAGUGGACAGCAAAUUACUAUGGCUCUUCCCAGUGGAACAAGCCAAACUUUCGCUACUACUUCAAAAAUUCAAAUUGCUUUGUCUUCAAUAAACAACCCUCAAUGGGGGCUUGACAGACCAAGCACUGAUAAAUGGUGGGACAAUGUGUAUACAUCACCUUAUGGUGACUAUUCAUAUUGGACAAGCAGGUUUGGUCUAGCUAUAACCAGCACUACCAAUACUGCAAUUUCAUAUAAGAGCUAUGGAAUUCUUAACUCAGCCUAUCUAGGCUUCGCUUUAAGCACUACUUCAACAAAAGUUGGCUCUUAUAACCCUGCAAACAUGAGCGGAAAAAUCCAAGUUGCCCCAGGAACCCAAACUAGCGAUAUCACCGUCAAAUUAGACGACGCCUGGCCACUUGCUUCUAGAUCAGUUAAACUAACCCCAAGCUCAAACGUCAACUAUGCAGACAGUGGAAACCUUAAAUACACUUCAGCCCACUAUAGCUGGAUGAUUUAUCAAAUGUACCCAAGUUUGAAUUUCAGAGUUGCAGCUCUUACUGGAACUGCAGUAGGUAUUUAUUAUAUUGACUGGGCAAUCACCGAAGUUCCACAAACUGGUCUAUCUGCCAUAUACAGCACUCCAUUGAGCAUCAUGGUCGAAGUCUGCCAAAUCUCAGCUGCAACUAUUAGCAUUGCCACUAUUCCAACCAUUAACAUUGGAACCAAGAGCAUCCCAAUUGCAAUGACUCUUUCAAACGCUCCAGCCUCCGACUUAACUGUGACUCCAUCAUUCGGAACCACCACCACAGCCAUAUCAAUUAAUCCAACAUCACUUACAUUCAAGCAAGAUGUCAAUGUCUUAUACUUCCAACUCAUUGUUUCUAGCUCAUACACCACUGCUUCACCAUCCCUUUCAUUCACCCUCACUGGAACUGAUGCAGCUGCCUUUACUCAACCAUCUGCAAAAUCAGUUACUGUUUCAACCUCUUCAAGCACUGCUACUGCAGCAACAGUAAAUUUAUCUUCAAGUGUUAAGAGCGUCAACCAAGUAGUUGUCACUGCAACUUGCUCACAAAACAUUGUUCUUUAUUGGAGUCUUUCUUGCAAAGGAUCUGUAGUCCCUACCUUCUCAGAACUCAUUUCAAUGACUGCAGAUCUUAUUUCUAAGGGCUCAGGAACUUACUAUCUUCAAGAGCAAUUAGACUCUGACUACUCAGCCACUGAAACAGCCCCUGAUUACACCAAAGGUGACACUGAUAUUCAAUCCUUCUUCAGAAGACAGCAUAAAGAGCACUGCGCUUCUCCUUGGACCUCUUCUCAAGUUAUUUACAGCGGUACUUCUGCUUCAAUUGACUUGAACUGGCUUAUGGGAGGGACUGAUUACACCUUUACUGGUUAUGCAGUCAAUGAAGUUACUAACAACACUACUCCUGUCACUAUUAGCUUCUCUACCUCUUCUCUUCCUUCAGUAUCAACAUACUCUGUCCAAUUCUCAGGAAGCGUUGCCCAAACCAGUGGAGAUAACAUUAAAUUAAGCCUAGCUAAGAAUAUGGGCAUUAACCCAGCUUGGCUCACUCUUCAAUCUUAUAACGGACCUACCUCCAGAUUCCUUGCUGACUCAACAACCACAUUUACUUACAAUGUUCUUUAUGACAGAAGCAAGUCAUACACCCCAGCCAACAUUAUUGCUAAUAUUGACCAAACUCAACUUUCCUCAGAUUUGACCACUCUUGUUGGAACUUCCCCAACCUUGACCUCAGGAACAGCUGCCUCAGCAACCACCCCAACUUGGGCUACUAUAGCUUUUUGCCUUGAGUGGCGCGGUAUGGGCGCCACUUCGGCAAGCUCCUUCUUCCAGUUGGCCGAGCCAACUCAGGUUGGUUCGAUCAACUGGAGAAUUGACAAGUGAGGCCUUUUGGGGAGACUUGUCAAUUCUAGUUGGCCGAACCAACCUGAGUUGGCUCGGCCAACUGGAAGAAGGAGCUUGCCGAAGUGGCGCCCGCACCGCGCCACUCAAGGCAAAAAAGCAUGCCCCUGCUUAUAGCACGGUUGGAGAAGGUUUCAUAUGUUUUGUCAUAAAAAAAAAUUAUAUCGAAAACAAUUUCUUUUCAAAUUUUAUUUUUUUAUGGGUUGAUCGGAAAUCGUUUAAAAGUAAUUGUCACUUGUUAAAAAUCUCGCUGUUGGAGAAACAUCAGCUGCAUUCACUGCUACCUCGACAGUAGCUGGAACUGUUCAUGUAUCUUGCACAGAAAGCGUCAUUUCAGGAAAGAACGUUUAUGCUUGGCAAGUUAUCGAUGGAUUAGAUGGUAAUUCAGAAAUUGCUUAUGCAGCUACUAAUAACAGCACAGCCAGCACUAGCACUACUUUGACAGUAUCAGGCUUAACCGGUGGCACUACCUAUUAUACCUUGGGGCAGAGUUUAGGCUUCCUCAAGCUCAUUUUUCCUAAAUUGAUUUAUAAAUUUUCUGUUAGCAAGCCAACUCCAAGCUGGCAUAGCCAGAUUGCUUCCUUGAAUUUCAGCUUGAAGUUGGCUGAUAAAUUUAAGGUUGGUAAGCAAAUCCUUCAAGGUUUAUAGGUUGAGGUGCCUUAAGGACAAGUAAAUAAUUGCCCAGGUUAUACUGCUAUUUCACUGCUUGCAAUAGCUAUCCACUCUGGCCAACUUGCAUCGAUUAUUCAUCAACUGCUUCAUUGGCCAUGGUAACAAUCAAGACCACCACUCCAGACGACGACAGCGCUAUGGUCUUAGGUGCGAUCGCAGGAUUAUUCUUAAUCUUUAACUAA